AUGGGUGUCCAAGACGUUUUAACCAGAAAGACCGGUGUCAUUGUCGGUGAUGAUGUCAGAGCUUUGUUCGACUACUGUAAGGAACACAAGUUCGCUAUCCCAGCUAUUAACGUCACUUCCUCUUCUACUGUCGUUGCUGCUUUAGAAGCUGCCAGAGACGCUAAGUCCCCAAUUGUUUUGCAAACCUCUAACGGUGGUGCCGCUUACUUCGCUGGUAAGGGUGUCUCCAACGAUGGUCAAAACGCUUCCAUCAGAGGUUCCAUCGCUGCCGCUCACUACAUCAGAUCCAUUGCCCCAGCUUACGGUAUCCCAGUCGUCUUACACUCUGACCACUGUGCCAAGAAGUUGUUGCCAUGGUUCGAUGGUAUGUUGGAAGCUGAUGAAGCUUACUUCAAGGUCCACGGUGAACCAUUGUUCUCCUCCCACAUGUUGGAUUUAUCUGAAGAAUCCGAUGACGAAAACAUCGGUACUUGUGUCAAGUACUUCAAGAGAAUGGCUGCCAUGAACCAAUGGUUAGAAAUGGAAAUCGGUAUCACCGGUGGUGAAGAAGAUGGUGUCAACAACGAACACGUCGCCAAGGAAGAUUUGUACACUUCCCCAGAAACCGUCUACGCUGUCUACGAAGCUUUGUCCCCAAUCUCUCCAAACUUCUCCAUUGCUGCUGCUUUCGGUAACGUUCACGGUGUCUACAAGCCAGGUAACGUUGUCUUGUCCCCAGAAAUCUUGGGUGACCACCAAAAAUACGCUGCUGAAAAGUCUGGUGUUGCUAAGCCAUUGUACUUGGUCUUCCACGGUGGUUCCGGUUCCACCCAAGAAGAAUUCAACACUGGUAUCAACAACGGUGUUGUUAAGGUCAACUUAGACACUGACUGUCAAUACGCUUACUUGGCUGGUAUCAGAGACUACGUCUUGAACAAGAAGGACUACAUCUCCACCAUGGUCGGUAACCCAGACGGUGCUGACAAGCCAAACAAGAAGUACUUCGACCCAAGAGUCUGGGUUAGAGAAGGUGAAAAGACCAUGACCAAGAGAAUUGCUGAAGCUUUACACAUCUUCCACGCUGAAAACACUUUGUAA